ACCGCCUCUCCGCCUCUCUCUGCGUCCCUCCCCGGUGCCACUUCAGUUUGGCACAUGGUUCCAAAGCGCGCUGCUCUCCUCGCUGGAUCCACCAGCGCAUUAAAGACUCUUCUGGUUUCUGCUUCAGUAUCUGGAGACUUUUGGAAAUUCUCAUUUCCUCUUUUGACCUUCUAUCACGUGCUGCAAACAUUCAAACUCUUCAUCAGGUCGGAGCAGGAUGGAUGUAGGCGCGUGCGCCUGCAGCAGCUAAGAGUGAGACUUCAUCAUAUCGACGUGUGUGAUGGGACGCCCCGAUGAGAGAUCCAGUUGACAUAGCAGCUGCCAUGACUUACCAUCCUUUCCACGCUCAUAGACCAGGUGCCCUGCCACUGUCAGCCUUCCUCACCGGCGCUCAGCCCUCGUUCUUCCCGGCGCUGACUCUCCCAGACGCCGCCUCCCUCUCCGCGCCUCUGUCGGAGCGGGCAGCCGCCUCUGACGCGGGGCUGCGCGCUGCUCUGCGACACCAGCAUCCGACACCAGUCUACCCGAGUUCCUUGAAGAGCCCGCAGCCAGAAGCAGGUCAGGAUGAUGAGCCGAAAGUCACACUGGAAUCAAAGAAUUUAUGGAAUCAGUUUCACAAAAUGGGAACUGAGAUGGUUAUCACCAAAUCUGGAAGGAGGAUGUUUCCGCCUUUCAAAGUGAGGGUGGGGGGGCUUGAUGAAACAGCAAAGUACAUCCUGCUGAUGGACAUCGUGGCCGUUGAUGAUUGUCGCUACAAGUUUCACAACUCCCGCUGGAUGGUGGCUGGAAAAGCUGACCCGGAGAUGCCAAAGCGCAUGUACAUCCACCCUGACAGCCCGUCCACAGGGGAGCAGUGGAUGAGCAAGCCCGUGGCUUUCCACAAACUCAAACUCACCAACAAUAUUUCGGAUAAACACGGAUUUACGAUUUUGAAUUCAAUGCAUAAAUACCAACCCAGAUUUCAUAUCGUGAGAGCCAACGACAUCAUGAAGCUUCCAUACAGCACCUUCCGGACUUACGUUUUCCCGGAGACGGAGUUCAUCGCUGUCACUGCGUAUCAGAAUGAAAAGAUCACACAGUUAAAAAUCGACAAUAAUCCUUUUGCCAAAGGAUUCAGAGACACUGGGAACGGCAGACGGGAAAAGAGGAACAAACAGCUGAAUGUUUCUUUGCUUCAUGAGAACCAAAGUAAAGACCGGGACAGUGCUGAUUCUGAUGACUCCUGUGAACAACCCAGCACCAGUGAUCCCUUUUAUUCCCCUGGGGAGUUAGUGAGCAGCCCCCUGAUGUCCACCCCAACCUGUCCAGAUGAGAACAAUACUGGAAGUGAUUCAGAUUUUGAUCUACAACAUGAGGACCGUGCUGAAGCCAGCUGUUCCAGGGCUGAACAUACAAGUGAGGAGAUACUGUGGAAAAGAUGUGUUGCCAGUGAGAGUAAGGAGCAUCAGGACACAACACAGGACAGAACGGAGUUUAGAUCAUCAGAUGACGCGUUCUCCACGGAGAAAAAGCACCAGAGUGAAAUCAAAGACGGGGUCGUGCCUGUGAUGCUGCAGACACAGAGCUCAUCAUCCCUCGGCUCCGCCCACCUGCAGACUGUGGAUUUCUCAGCUGCUCACAGCCAGCAGCUUCUCAAGCUUGGGGCACCUAUGUUGUUUCAUCCUGGACAGUUGUCAGCGAAGCCAGAGGCUUUUCCCACUUUGGGUAUGGGACAAAUAUUUUCCUCUUUGUCUGGAGCAAAUGAACUAGAAACUGGAGGCCUGUCUCCUCAAAGCAUCACCUCUCCAUCCCCCUUCAUGUUGCACCUGUCACAGCACAUGCUGGCAUCUCAGGGAAUCUCACUGUCACCCUUUGGAGGAUUGUUGUCAUAUCCAUACUGCUACAUGGCAGCUCCAGCUGCGCUCACCCCGGCUCUCCCCACUUCCUCUGCAACCUCGUCGCUCGCCAGGAGCCACUGUUUCCGCAGCUCUCGCCCUUGGUUCCGAUUCAGCCCUUAUCAGAUCCCCGGCUCCUUCACCUCCGGCUUGCUUACGACCGGAUCGCCUGGCAGUUCAAACUCUCAACCUGAGCUGUGCAAACCGGGCAGCAGACAGUCAGGUCUGUGUGACAGUCACAGCCACAAAACCAAGGCCAAGCAGAAGACGGCUCCACCUCAGUCAGCUGUCAAGGGUUCCAUGGAUUAGAGGACUUGAUGAACCAUGUACGCCACAAUAAACUCUUCUGUAUUGGCUGAUGGAUGAAACAACACAAGUAAUGAAGUUUCACAUUACAAUGACCUAAAGUUAAGAUUUCAUGAGAACACUGCUGCUGAAUAACUUAUUAUACCAUCAACAGAACGUAUCUUAUCUGGGGAUUUGCUGGUCAAAAGACAGCUACACACAUUUCCAUGUGAAACAAGUCCAACUCUUUCCUUUUGAAUCAAUGGCUACAUGUGAUCCAGAUAUCUAAAAACAUGCUCUCAUUCAGCUAGAUUCAGCCCAGUUUUAACCUUGACAUCAGGGUGUCCUUUGACUUACAAAAACUCCAGUUUGUGUUUAUACUGGAAGUUCUAUAGAAAUUAAAAUCAAUUAAACUAAAAGAUGCUUGUUGGAGUUUAUUUUGGGGAAAGUGGGUUAUAUGCAAAACUCAGCUCCCCCAAGUGGGAUACUCUACAGAAGAAGAACAAUGAUGUGCUUUAAAUAUGAAUAAAACACAUUUUUUAUUGAUUUGUUCCGUACAAUUGUGUAAAUAUUUUGUCUGGUUCUUUUUCACAGACUGUAUAAAACAUGACUGAUCAAAGCCUUUUGAGACUGAAUACUGUAACUGAUCACUCUUCAACCUGCCAAAGAGAUAUGAGGAAAUUGUAUCUAGCACCCGUUUCACAUUCUGUUGAUGAACCAAAGCUGCACCGUGGACUUGGAGUAAACUCAGGUUUCUUUUUUUUUACCAGCACUUCAGAAAAAUGUCUUCAGAUAAGAUGAUUUCGCAGGGUGUCUGCUUAUUUAGGUAAACCUUUUUUAUGUGUGUGUGUGUGUGUUUUCACAAUUCAAAUAAAGAUACUGUUCACAUUGAAUUCAGUUGUCUUAAUACACACGAAAUGCAAAUAUAUAGGAGGAAUACAUGUACUUGCCUACCCUCUGUGUUCA